AUGGUUUCAUAUGAAUCACAGAAGACGUGGAGAUUUGAGAAAGACCUGAGUCAAAGGAUUUACAAGAAGGUGGUGGCAUUUCAAGUUCAAAAUUUCUCGGAGUUGAUGGAUAAAACAACAGAAUUGGAGACAAGUCUACAGAGGGGUGCAGGGAUACUGAAUCAGAGGAAGAAGCCCAUGCCUCUUGGUUUUCACGCUAGUACUAGUCAAGGUCCAUUAAGGAGAAAUAGUAACAAUGUGGACCAGAGAAAAGAAUUGGGGAAUAAAGCUCAUCAGGAUCCUUUGACAAGGUUGACAAGAAAGAAUGUGAAGUAUGAGUGGUCAGAUGAUCGUGAGCAAAGCUUCCAAGAAUUGAAACAACGACUUGUCACUGCUCCGAUCCUGACCAUUCCAUCAGGAGUAGGUGGUUUUAUAAUUUAUAAUGAUGCAUCUUGGAAAGGGCUUGGGUGCGUAUUGAGGCAACGAAGGAAGGUCAUUGCAUAUGCUUCUCGGAAACUCAAGGGGUACAAGAAGAAUUAUUCUACGCAAGAUUUUGAAUUGACGGCAGUGGUAUUUGCGUUGAAAAUCUAA